AUGGACAAGAAGCAGAACACAAAGGGAAAGAAGGAGGUACAAGAUGAGCCUGAAGUAUUUGUUGUGGGGAAGGUGCUUGACCAACGUAUUGUCAAUGGAAAAGUAGAGUUCUUUCUGAGGUGGAAAGGAUUUACAGAAGCAGACAAUAUCUGGGAACCAGAGGAGACUCUAGAUUGCCCAGAACUGAUUCCAGCUUUUUUAGCAUCGCAGAAAAAUGUGACGGAGAAGCCUUCUCCUGUCAAGCAGAAGGCCUCAACUGAUGAGUUAGACACAGAUGCCAUAAAGAAGAAUGUGACUGAGAAGCCCAGAGGUUUCGAUAGGAACUUGGAACCAGAGAGGAUCAUCGGUGCAACAGACAGCAGUGGAGAGCUGAUGUUUUUGAUGAUGUGGAAAGACUCAGAUGAAGCUGAUUUAGUCCCAGCUCGUGAGGCCAACACUGGCUGCCCCCAGGUGGUUAUUUCUUUCUAUGAGGAGCGACUGACAUGGCGUUCUUGUCCAGAGGAGGAAGCUCAGUAG